AUGGAGAGCUUGAAACUUGAAAUAAAAAGAUGGGAGCACAACUAUUUUAAGCAUCAUGGCAGAGUGCCUUCCAAGCUGGAUAUAAAAAAAGAUCCGAAAACUUACCAGUUGUACAAGAGCUAUAAGGCACUAAAGAGUGGAUCGGAGAAGGAAACCAAGAUAGUGCAAGAGGGGGGAGUGGAUAAUAAUGAUAAUGAUAAUGACAAUAAUAAUAAUCCAAAUGAUGCAGAUGGCAAGGAUCAUUCCUCUGAUGCAAAUUUUAUACGCAACACUGCAGAGUUGGGUCCUACCCCACAAGCCAAUGGCAAAGUAUUGUCAAUCUUCGACAUGAAGCUCACCUCGAUGACCCCACCGGAGUCCAGUCCAUUGAAAUCCAAAUCGUCUAAAUUAGAAGAGGGAAACAUCUUCAAGACACCUACGAAGAAUAGACUUGGCAAAAUCGAGAUCUUGACGCCUUCUGCAGGGAUGCUGUCACCUGUUAGAGGAAACUCUCUCCUACAGAAAUUGACUGCUACAAUACCUAAGGAACAAAUCACAACGCCAAACAAGAAGCUUACUGCAUCCUCCACAAUAUUGGACACACCUUUGUACAUAUCCAAGCAUAACAAUAAGUUCGACAUUGACUUUGACGUCGAAAGAAGCGACAGUCUGCCGACCAAAAAACGAAUGCCUCCUCCUAUAACGCCAGUGCAGGUUGCUUCCACAUUCCAGGUUUCUCCUUCGCCAUUGAAGGUACACAGAUUUCUUUCGUUUGGCGAUAACAAAAUGACCACAUUGUUCAAUGACUAUCAAAUGAUUAAGGAAGAGGUCCGAAACGGAUUAUUGGGUGAAGUGUCGACCAAAGAGGAAGGUUCAGGAAUCGAUGUAGAGGACGGUGUUGAUACCGAAAGUAACAACCAGCCGAGCCGCAAGCGAAAGAAACAUUCCACCCAAAAGAGGACUACCAGAAACUGGAAGAUGAAACCGAGGGUUAACGUAGCAGCUGCAGUAGAUACUUUGAAGGACAAGGACGUUCACCAAGAGAUUUUGAAACUAGAAGAAGGAUCCGUAGAUGAAGGUUCUUCCUCGGAACCAGAGUACGACAGUGAUGAGGAGCUAGAUAAACAAAAGCAAAACGCUUUGGCUACUAUAGCAUUACAGAAGGAUAAAGUUAAGCCUCUUAGUGCAAACUACCAAAGGUCCAAGAUAAACGAUCCUAGAGCUAAGGCGUUCAAGAGGCGAAUGAAGAGAUAG